AUGUCCAACGAACAACCGCGUAUUCUGCUUUACAUCCUGCGUCGCGAUGUUCGCCUUUCAGACAACCCAGUAUUCACAGCUGCUUCACGGCAUGUUACACGGCAACAAGACUUGACAUCACCGCCCAACUCAGACGCCCGCACAAGAGAUGAUUCGUUAACUUCCGAGCAUCGUGGCACCUCCUUCACACAUUUGCUGCCUGUCUACGUCUUCCCCGCACAUCAAGUCGAAGUAUCUGGCUUCCUCCCCUCUCCAUCAGAGCAAUCGCCGUAUCCAGAAGCACGCAGCCAAAUCGCGAAAAUAUGGCGUACCGGACCUCACCGCGCAAGAUUUAUGGCUGAGGGAGCUUGGGACUUGAAGCAAACGCUUGAGGGUCUAGGAUGUGGUUCCGGAUUACAAAUCAGAGUUGGUAUGAUUGGGGACGUCGUCAAGAAUAUCCUCGAAUAUUACUCAAAAAGUGACGAUUCAAAAGGCGAAAUUUCUGGGGUCUGGAUGACAGCAGACGAGUCGGUGGAGGAGAAGGAAGAGGAGGCGGCUGUGAAAGGGAUUGCGGAACAGAAUGGAGUCGACUUCAAGUUAUGGGACGACGAGAAGUAUUACAUUGACAAUCGCGACCUUCCUUUCGACAAUAUCUCUCAACUUCCCAACAUCUACACAUCCUUCCGAAAGUCCGUCGAACCAUUACGAGACCAACCUCGCAAUACCCUACCAGCACCUACACAAUUACCACCGCUACCACCCGAUGUUCCUCCUCAACAAUCACCCUUCAACAUACCUACAAACCUCGAUGAUCUGUUGAAAGCGCUCUUGGCUCCCUUCGCGAAAGAUCCUACAUUCGGCUUGGCAGUGCCUCCCAAGUGGCCUGGUGGCAAUGUCGAGUCAGCACAUCCCUUCACAGGAGGCGAGUCCCACGCGCAGGAUCGCAUAUCAUUUCUCAUCUCUAGUGGAGCUAUGAGCUCAUACAAAGCCACACGUAAUGGCAUGCUAGGACGCGACUUCAGCACCAAACUUUCCGCUUACCUCGCACAAGGGCAUUGCACGGCACGGCAAGUGCACUGGGCGAUGAUGGACUUUGAGGAAGGCAGAGGAGCCGGUAAAGGCAAAGAAGGGUACGGAGAAGGCGAGAACGAUGGAACAGCAGCUGUUCGUUUUGAACUGCUGUGGCGAGACUAUAUGCAUCUGUGCAUGAGAAAGUUCGGUCCAGCAAUGUUUCAGCUCUACGGCAUCCGGCCGCAGGAAAGCAAGAACAACAAGACUCCACCUCCACCAAAGAGCUGGCGGCGGCUCGACAAGCCAACACCAGGUAAAGACCUCCAAAGCAUUGAGAUAUUCGGCCGCUUCCGCUCCGGACGGACAGGCGUCGGCCUCAUCGACGCUUCAAAUCGCGAACUAUUCCUCACAGGCUACACAUCGAAUCGCGCACGGCAAAACGUUGCUUCCUUCCUUGCAUCCCACCUUGAGAUGGACUGGCGCGUCGGCGCAGAAUGGUACGAGUGCAUGCUUACAGACUAUGACGUACCGAGUAAUUGGGGCAAUUGGCAAUACGUGUCUGGUGUAGGAAACGACCCAAGGCAAGGGCGUGUCUUCAACCCUGUAAAGCAGGCGCUGGAUUAUGAUCCGCAAGGCGAAUACAUCAAGGCAUGGGUUCCGGAGUUACGGGAUGUCAAGUUGACAAAACAAGUUGGACCGCAAGGAAGAGAGGAGAUCGACAAACAGCGACUGAUGGGUUUAUACCAAGCGAAUAAGCUCUCAGAGUGGGAGAAAGAAAGGUUGGGGUUGAAAGGGGUCGAGUGGGUCGAGAGACCACUCGUGAACAUCAAUUUUUCCGUUGGACGCGGGCGAGGUGGUCCAGGACGUGGAGGCACACGACUUAGUAGAGGCGGCGGCGGUGGCGGUGGUGGUGGUGGAGGACCAGGUAGAGGAGGAAACCGAGGAGGCCAAUAUCAACAGCACCGAGAGUACAGGAGAGGUGCUAAUGAGGAGAAACAGCACGUGGCAAACGGCCCGACAAUUGUUAGCAGUCAAUGA